AUGUCUGACCGUUCAAGAUUUACUUUCCAAAACAACUGGUUCGAGCUCAUAACUCCCGACUGGGAAAAGCUCACCACCAACCUAGGAAUUUCCAAACCUCUUCGUAUCUUAGAAAUUGGCGCUUUUGAGGGAGCCUCUACAACAUGGAUUCUCGACAACCUUGCAAAUCAUCCCAAUUCUACAAUGACCGUGAUCGACACAUUUUCCGGUGGUAUGGAGCAUGACCCCCAAGGAACAAAAUCACUUGAGGAAAGGUUCUACGAUAAUGUCCAAAAAUGCACCAAUGUCACAAAACUCAAAGUCCUGAAAGCAAAGAGCGAGGACGCUCUGGUCAAUCUUCGAGCAAGUGGUGCGCAGUUCGAUUUCAUUUAUAUAGAUGGUUCGCAUGUAGCCAUCGAUGUUCUUCACGACGCCGUUCUCUGCUGGCAUAUGUUGGCUCUAGACGGAACGAUGGUUUUUGACGACUGGACAUGGAAGGGGUACUAUGAGCAUUUCUAUAAUCCUCGGAUGGCGAUUAUGGGGUUCUUACAGUGUGUUGAGCCAGAAGUCAAGACUGAGGAAACGGAGUCACAGAUAUGGGUUACGCGUGUUUCCAACGAGACAGUCCCCACCAAGAAUGAGGACCCAUCUUUGAUGUAUUGGGAUCGAAAUGAAAGAUUCAUGGUAAAACCUUGAUGAUGGAAACUCUUGGCAGAGGGAUUCGCGGUUGACUUUUGCUCUGUUUGGGAUCGCCUCUAACCAUUGCUGAAAAUUGGAAACAUGUCUUAUAGGUAUCUGGGAUGUGA